CUUCAGUUGCAUAGUGUGAACAAGCUAAAAGGAGGAAAAAUCUUGAAGCAUUUCAUUUGAUUCUUAUUUUUAUGUAGACAAAGAUAACAAAAUAAAGCAGCAGCAGACGACAAGAUGAAAUUUAAAAUUUAUUUAAACAAGGAAGCAAUUUAUAAAGGUACGAUAACGUGUGUCGGAUGGAGUAGUAACAAUGAAGUUUAUUCAUGCGGGUAAGCUUGCUUCUAUCCUUUGUUCAUAGCUGAAAUAAAUAAAUUAAAUUUAUUUUAAAGCGACGACUGUCAGAUCCUUAAGUGGUCACUUGCAUCUCGGGAUUUUGUUCAAGUCGCAAAAAUACCAGACUUUCAGCCAUCAGAUUUCAACUGGCUGAUUUCAAAGUCCGGUGGAAAGAGUACAGAAAAUUUACUGAUAUCAUCAUCCGAUGGACGUUUUAUAAUCCUCAAUAAAGGUGCACGAGUCGAACGAAGUGUUAAUGCACAUAAUGGUGCAAUAAUUUCAUGUCGAUGGAGUCCAGACGGCUCAAGUUUACUUUCAGCCGGCGAAGAUGGUGUCAUAAAAAUAUUCUCGCGCAGUGGCAUGCUUCGUUCGACGGUAAUACAGAAUGAAGGCUUAAUUGUCAGUGCCCGAUGGUCUCCGAAUUCAACAACAAUAGCCUAUUGUCAUGGAAAUACAAUUGCAUUGAAGCCUUUAGCUGCAAACAGCAAAUUAAUUAAGUGGCAGGCACAUGAUGGCUUAGUGUUGGCGAUUGCAUGGUCACCGAAUGCUGAAUAUCUUGCAUCGUCUGGUGAAGAUAUGAGAUAUAAGAUAUGGGAUACACAGGGAACAAAUAUUUAUACAAGUGCCGGUGAUGAUUAUCCCAUCACAACACUCGACUUUAGUCCUGAUGGUUCAAUGCUUGCCGUUGGUGGAUUUAACAUGCUGAAAUUAUGUCAUUAUACUGGCUGGUGCUAUAAUGUUACGAGAUUUGAGGACAAGCCAGUUGGAUCAUUAAUGAAUGUAUCAUGGUCGCCCGAUGGUACACAAAUAUUAUGCGGAUCGAGUACAGGAAAUAUAAUAUUCGGACAUGUUGUAGAGCGUGAAGUCAUAUAUAAGAAUUUAAAGGCGACAAUAACUGGAAGGCGAAUGAUAAUAAUGAAAGAUAUAGUUAAUAAUACCACGGAUACAUUGGACUUUUCUGAUCGUAUAAUUAAAUGGGAAUUAGGUUAUGGACAUUUAGUUGUUGCUACACCAAAUCAGUUGCAUAUUUUUAAUGAAAAUUAUAUUAACACUCCCGUCAUCAUCGAUCGGCCUGAAGUCAGAAUAAUAUUAUUGGGAAAGAAAAAUUUCCUUGUCGUUGAUAAUAUAUCAAUAUGGAUUUACACCUAUUCGGGACGACUUCAUUUAAAUCCACGAUAUAGCGGCAGUCAAGCGCAAGUCUUUAACUUAACAAUGCAAACUAUCUCAAUGGGACUUGAUGUACUUGCAUUACGCGAUUUUGCUGAUCAGACGAUUAUUCAUAUCUUUGAUCUAUAUCCUGGAGCGUCGAGACAAGAAGAGCCAAAUCAGGUAAAACAUAAACAACUAAUUACGGAAAUUGCUGUCAAUCGAUCGGGACCGUCAGCAGACGAUAAGCAUCUUGUUGCAUUUAUUGAUACAAAUCGAGAUCUGUAUUUGGCAGCAAUACAAAGUGGACCUGACUAUUCGCUACAUAAGAUUGGUACACAAGUGAUAAGCAUCAUGUGGUCGAGCGAAUGUAAUGUUCUUGUUGGUCUACAUGACUCAUGUUAUAGUAUCUGGUAUUGUCCAGGCGAAUCAUGUUCCGAUCCAUCAUUGAUUGCUUUAACGACACUUUCAUAUGAUACAACGGAAUUUGGCAAGAACAUCUCUCUCGUCAAUUUCGACGGAUUUACAAUCACAUUUUGUGCGUCAGGUGCAAAUUUUACCAUUACAACUAAAAUUUAUUGCAUUCUUAUACAUAAACUUGUCAGCGAGAAUCAGUGGGAAAAGGCAUUAAAAAUUUGUCGUAUGGGACAAAGUACAUUGUUAUGGGCAUGCUUAGCUGCAAUUGCAUCAAAACGAAAUCAACAUGAAAUAAGUGAGGAAGCAUUCUCAUCAGCAUUGCAAAUUGAUAAAGUCGAUUACAUGCAUUUUGUGAAGGAAUUGAAUGAAAAUGAGCAGAUGGCGGAGAAUGCAGUCAUGAAUGGGACGAGAAUUGAAGAAGCCGAGACAAUUUUAUUGCAUAAUCAUCGGAUAUCGGAGGCAAUACAAUUUUGUUUAAGAUUACAUCGAUGGAAUAGGGCACUAGAGAUUGCUCAAAAGUAUUCGACUGACCUUAAAUUGGUAAUGGACGAACGAGUCAAGUAUAUGGAUGCAUUGCAGAGGCAUGAGACUGAUGUAGAAUUCAUUAAAUUGAACUCAAUUGUCCUUGAGAGUCAGUCUAAUGAGGAGUAUUAAGGUUGCAAUUAAAAUAAACUCUGCGUCAGUUUCACAUUGCUUGUGUGGAUAUUGAGGCAGACAGUUUUUUCUGUGGAAUUUUUCACAGUGGAUUUUAUGAUUGGGAAUCUUUCUUUGCUUGUCAGACUUAUAAUGGAUUAUUUUACGGGGUUUUCUUCUUAAAUUUUUGAAAAUUCUUUUGCAGUUUUUCAAAUUAUUUUGACCGUUAUUUUUCAAAUUCACACCAAAAGUUAAUUUUCAAAGCAGCAGAAAUGAUGUUGGACUUGAAAAAUGCGCCAUCAUUCAGUAUAAUGUUCAUUCUAAUUGAAAAUAUCCCACAAAUUGACAUGUGAUGCUUUGGUCAGAAAGUAUAAUGUGGAAUUUAUGUAGCAUGAAAAAAAUUCAAAACUUGUAGAGAAAGUUUAUGACUGUUCUGACUUUUCUGUGAAUUUUAAAGAGACUUAUGAAAUAAAAAAAAAUAUUUUCGU